AGCUGAUAGCAAAGAUGGAGAAAGAACUUGCGGCUGCGGCUGCGGCGGGCACUUCAAUCGAGCAACUGCCGAACAACAUCCUGGUCGACAUCCUUUCUCGGCUUCCGAUCAAAUCUGUGAUUCGGUGCAGGUGCGUCUGCAAAUCAUUUCUCUCCGCAAUCUCUCUAGAUCCCGAAUUCCCUCCAUUGCACUUGUCCAGAUCCCCUCCCGAGCUCAUGCUAUGCCCUCCCCUCACCGACAAGCUAAUUCUCUACGAUUCCGACAACGAUCGAGCUCACAAGCUCAAUCUCCGAUUCGACAGACCGCCCGGUUUGGAGGUCGUCAACUCGAGCCGCGGCCUGCUAUGCCUCCGCCUGCCGAAUGCCGGACCAGUUUGCGUCUUCAAUCCGUCUUCUCUGGAAUUCACUCUCAUCCCGGAUACCGUGAUAGAAAGGGAGAAACACAUUCUUAUGACCAUCGGAUUCGGGUACAGUUCGACGAGUAACACAUACAAGGUGCUAAGGACAUUAUUAUUGCUACAACAAUCAGAUAUUAUCAAUGUUGGUCGACGUUGUCUUACCGAUAUAUACACACUCGGAACCCCUCGUUGGAGGAGAAUCGAAGAAGAUGCACCAAUGGUUGUGUUCAGAGACUUCUUUCCUACGUUCCUGAAUGGAUCUCUUCAUUGGAUAAUAGACGAGAAUCUGUCUAGAUCCACUACUUACGAUUACAUGAUUUCCUUUGAUUUUGAUAAUGAGAGAUUCGGAGAAAUAGCGUUGCCUCCUCCUUUUGACACCGGGAAAGAAAGACAUAGUGCGCCUGUUCUCGGCGUUGGUGUUUUUGAAGGUCAGUUGAGUGUGUGUUUGUGGAAUCUUUUCAAUAGAGUUGAUGUUUGGGUGAUGAAGAAAUACGGUGUUCGCGAAUCGUGGUCCAGAGAGAUUGUUCUGAGAACUACACUUUUGUAUUGGCCUGAAGGUUCAUUUCCUGUGAAGUAUAUGAGUGCAGAUGAUGUGUUGUUUUUCAAAGCUGAUUAUUCUUUGAUUACAUACAACCUGCUUGAGAAUAAGAUUGUCAAGUGUAUCAAGUUCAAUGGGUUGCCACCCGAGUAUGAUAAUGAAGCAAAAGCAUUGAUUCAUGUUCCCAUCCUUAUGUCCCUCAAGGAACUUGUCGUCGGAGCUGAAGUUCAUCUCUUAACCGGAAGAUGGAAAGCAUGGAAGAGAUGGAAGGACUUGACAGUUUCAGACAAUAGCCCGGAUAGCCUGUAA